CUUCCCUACACCCAACGCAAAGACGAGUAUUUCAUUCUAAACCUCCGAAACAACGAUCUUAACCUCUGUCGCGUCGCAGUCCGGAUUCUCAUAACGGGCUCAGCCCCCAAUCCCACCCAUUUUCCGCUCGACCUCGCGUAGCGAGUCCACCCGCCGCCACCAUGGGCAAGGCCGAACCCGGUUCGACCAAGUACCUCUCCAACAAGAUGAAGCAAAAGGGCCUGACGCGCCUGCGCUGGUACUGCCAGAUUUGCGAGAAGGCAUGCCGCGACGAGAACGCCUUCAAGAUGCACUGCCAGUCCGAAAGCCACAUGCGGCGUGCGCUCGAGGCCGGCCAGAACUUCAAGAGCGUCCAGGAGGAGUACAGCAAGCAGUUCCUGCACGAAUUCAUCUCGCUCCUCAAGACGGCGCACGGCGAGAAGAGCAUACACGCCAACAAGUUCUACCAGGAGGUCAUCGCGCGCCGGGACCACGUCCACCUCAACGCCACACGGUGGCAUUCGCUGACCGACUUUGUCAAGCACAUUGCGCGGGAGGGGAUCGUGAGGGCCGAGGAGAAGGAGGACGGCAUCUUCAUCGCGUGGAUCGACGACUCGCCCGAGGCCAUGAAGCGGCGGGAGGCAGUGAGGAGGAAGGAGAUGCAGGAUAAGGGGGACGAGGAGAGGGAGCUGAUGAUUCUGAAGGAGCAGAUUAAGCGGGCUCAGAGGGAUGCCGAGGCGAGGGGGGUCGCGUUGAGUGGAGAAGCGGAAGAAGAGGCAAAGGUCUUGAAACGGGAAGAGGGUGAGAAAAUCAAGCUCAGUUUUGGGGCAAAAUCAGUAGCGAACAGUACCACGCCAAAAUCGGGGACAGGUGCGAGGGGGGAAGGCGAGGUUUCGGAAGCGGUGGACUGUAUAAGCAAUGGGGAGGCCAAGAAGGAGGAGGACACCAAAUUGGCUGAGACGAUGGCAGCAGCGAAGCCCGUGUCACUGAAGUUCGGAGCCAAACCGCAACCAAAGAACGUGUUCAAGAACGCCUUUGCUGGCGCUCCGAAGAAGAUCAUGGCUGCUCAACCCAAGAAGAUGAGCGAAGCCGAACGGAUCAUGAAGGAGGAAUUGGAGCGGAAAAGAGCGCGCGAGGCGGGCGGCGGGCCUCCCAACAAGAAGCCGCGAUUCUAGCAUGUGUGUCUGGCCCAGGGGACGUGGAACAUCUUGUAUAGCAUAUUUGGCGUUCGGACAUGUGUCAUUUCGGGAGCAUGAUACCAGGAGUUUGGGAACACGAUGCAAUGAUAACAUUGAUAGACCAUGGCAGAUAGGGCAGAAAAGGAAAAUUCACUCCUUGGUAGCCAACGCCU